ACUCCCUCUCUCGUUGGCAUUUAAAAAGCCAUUACCCAACUCAACCGUCGACAUACAUCGCAACUCUCUGCCGCCAUAUCCAGACAGUUUACAUUCAAUGCGACAAAAUUAAUCUCCAGAAUCUCAAAUCGGAAAAAAUGUCGAUCCACUUACGAUCUCCGGCGAGUCCUCCGGUCAAUUCCUUGCCGUCUCCGCAUGAUCUCAAGCAGCGCGUCAUCGCUUGCCUCAACAAGCUCGCCGACCGCGACACCUUGGCUCUCGCCUCCGCCGAGCUCGACUCCAUAGCCAGAAACCUCACUCAUGACUCCUUCUCUUUGUUCCUCAACUGUAUCCACAACACCGAUUCAUCCUGCAAAUCUCCGGUGAGGAAGCACUGCGUCGCUCUAUUGUCCCUUCUCUCCCGCUCCCAUGGCGAUUCGCUCUCCCCUCACCUCUCCAAGAUGGUCUCCACUGUAAUCCGCCGUCUCCGUGAUCCGGAUUCAUCCGUACGCGCCGCCUGCGCCGCGGCCGCGGCGGACAUGUCGGCACACGUCACUCGGCAGACGUACGCCGGCGUGGCGAAGCCGCUGAUGGAUACGCUUAUCCAGGAGGGCGAUUCCAACGCCCAGAUCGGGGCGGCGAUGUGCCUGGCGGCGGCGGUGGAGGCGGCGGCGGAUCCGGAGGCGGAGCAGCUGAGGAAGGCGCUGCCGAGGAUGGGGAAAUUGCUGAAGAGCGAUGGAUUCAAGGCGAAGGCGGCACUGUUGGCUGCCGUGGGGAGCGUAAUCGGCGCAGGCGGCGCGGGAACAAAGGCUGUUUUGGACUGGUUGGUCCCGUCGCUGACGGAAUUCCUGAGCAGCGAGGACUGGGCGGCGAGGAAAUCGGCGGCGGAGGCGUUGGUGAGAGUGGCGACGGCGGAGGAGGAGUUGGCGCCGUUUUACAAGAAGGCGUGUACGGCUGCUCUCGAGAGCAGGAGAUUUGAUAAGGUCAAAAUCGUCAGAGAAACAAUGAAUCGUGCACUGGAGCUGUGGAAGGAAGUUCAAUCCGAUACUGACGAGGCCUCAUCAUGUCCAUCUCCAUCUCCAUCUAGAUCUUCCACUGAUGAUGGAAGCAUUGGAUGCUUUUCGUCAGUGACAAGAAGCUCGUCAACUGAAGUUGGAUUUAAGACCCCCCGACCAAAGAAAGCAACCCCCAGAAUGAAGAGGUCCCCCUCCUUACCCAUGAACAAAGCAAAUGCUGCAACCGGACAAAAGGAAAAUCUUGCAAGAACGAACCAAGGGAAUAUGAACUCGUUAGCGGUCUCCAAGGUGGAUAACAAUGGACCACCAUCUCUUUCUCCGACUCAGUCUUUGGACCAUGGAACCUUAGCAUCUGAAGAGAAGGGUGCUGUCUCUGAUAAAAUCCACGGCUCGUGGUCUGGCUCCCGUGUUGUCCCUUGCAAUGACAAUGACAAGAACGAAAAGGACGAGAACAAGAAAGAUGGGGAGGAACUCUCUUUGAUACGCGAACAGCUUGCUCAGAUCGAGAACCAGCAAUCCAAUCUCUUAGCCCUCAUUCAGAAAUUCAUAGGGAGCUCACAGAGUGGGAUUCAGUCUCUGGAGUCACGAGUGAGCGGCCUCGAGAUGGCGUUGGACGAAAUAUCAUUCGACGUGGCAAUUUCGAGCGGGAGAAUCCCCAAGAGCAACUGCUCAGGAGAAGCAUGUUGCAAGCUACCUGGUUCGGAAUUUCUAAGUCCUAAAUUCUGGAGGAAACCCGAAGCUCGGUUGCAUUGCUCAAAGUUAUCUUCCUCCUCCUCAGUUCAAACACAGACAGUGAACACUGUCUGUAAGGUAACCGGAUACCAGACCAAUGAUGAUCAGACAAAACCAGAACCAACUGAUGGCAGCAGAGGAAGUUCAGGGUUUCAGAACAGAUCUUCCAAAAGCCAUUUCCAAGACUCUUUGCUUACAACUCUACAGAAUCCAACAACCAGGUUAUCUACUUGAACCGAGCUGACUGAUAGAUUUUGGGCAAAGGUGGUGUGAAGAAGCUGACAAAAAAUAAACCAAUCUCAGAUUCGAUGCUUGGACUGCAUGUUUGCUCGUCACAUGUCUUCGUAAGUUUAAUAUUGAGUGAAAGUGAUCAUGUUUCUCCACAUCUGAAGCCAAUAUAGGAAAAAAAAAGAUCAUGUGCUUGUGAAUAUAAAAUCAUUUUUUUUUGUUUUAAA